AUGACAGACAACACAACGAUUAGCUCCCCUGACGAGGUCGACUUAAACCAGAAAUUGAUUCUCCUGUUCUCGUUACUCAGUGGCUUGACUCUACUUGCCCUGCUCGUGGGCUGCAUCGUUUACCGUCACAGGGACAAGAUUCGGCUAUGUUGCAAGCGCCAGUGCAUACACCACUAUGAGGACGUCGUGGAGCCGCCCAGGAACACCAGACCAACUCCACCCUUAGUUCCUCCCCGACGAACGUCCACAACCAACCCGACCCCCACAACCAACCCGACCCCCACAACCAACCCGACCCCCAACGAGUCGGACUCCGACAACGAGUGGUACGUUGACAACGACCCCGUAGUUGUUGCUGCAUUGGCUUCUAGUACAUCCUCCAGGCCAAACCGCCAAAGAAGAACCGAUCACGGUUUGGAAAGAGAAAAUGACAUUUUACUAGGGUUAAUGCCUUUAAACCGUCCCCCUAGCACUAUCGUACGAAGCAGCAGACCAGCAGCCGCCGAGUGUAGACCUACACGAGUCCGACGUCACAAGUCUCAGACCUGCUCAGACCACCCUGUGGGGUUCCCCGUGGCCCGCUACACCCACCGGAAAGCCAGCACCUGCAGCGACGUCGAACUUCUGCCGCCAAGACACCGGUUGACUUCCCAGACUUCCACUGAAUCCCAGUACCUCAACGACAAUCCCAGACACGAUACCGGCCCGGAGCUCAGAACUUCCAGAAGUAGCGAGAACUUUCGCCCAACAUCCACCCAGGCACACGACGCCGGGAGACGCUUUGGGGAUGUUCCUACAGGCUUUCGCCACUCCAAAAACUCGGCGGGAAUUCCAGAGACCAAAACGUCAAAAGCUGCGAGUCGCCAGGCCGCCAGUCGAAGGCCGACCAGUUGUAAACAGGUCGAUGCCAGUUCAGCAGACAGACCGUCCCACAGGGUCAAAUCGUUUCCCACGUCACAGGUCAGGCCAGUCGUCGUGGUUCAAGUGUAUGACGACACGGAUCUGCAAGGUGCCACGGCACAGCCACGUGAACGUGAGCCACGGUGUGACACCAGGCCUAAACGUGACAACCAGACACGACGUGAUAGCGAUCUAGAACGUGAGAAUCAGUCACGGCGUGGCAGUAACUCACAGAGUGGCAACCAUGGACAACUAGACAGCAGAUUAAACCGUGACAGUCAACCCUUGCUUGACACCCAGCUUCACGAAAUGCAAGCAUCGCAAAGGGAUCCACCAAACGGAAGUGAUCCAUCAGUUCAGCCGUCCACUGCUCUCCCUCCCCCACAGCCGUGCAGACAUUCGAGAAGUAUCCAUCAGAACCACGUGACAAUCCCCAACACGUCACAAAAGUCACACCCAGAAACAUAA